AUGAAGUCUGACUUCGAGUACGACGACGCCGCCGCCCGCAAGUCGCACGCGCGGUCAUCGAGAAAGGCCUUCGAGUCGGAAGACGACUACUUUGAAAGUAACCCCAAGAGGAUCGCAAAGCCGACUAAGCGCGCGUCGCAGCUUGCCGAAUCAGACGCAGAAUCGACUGUAGCAAGAAACAAAAAGAAAGCACCGUCGAAGUCAGCUGCCGGCAAGCGUCAUUGCGAUUCGGACGACGAGUCGGUGCCUAGACGCAAAAGUAAGGAGGUCAAACCCAAGGAGACCAAGCGCAAGGCACCGCCGCCGUCGAAGUCAAAGAGGCCCAACUGGCGAGUCUUCGAUUCCGACAGCGAGGAGGAGUCUGCUACCAGGGCGCCGCAGCAGCUGCGGUCGAGCUACACCAAGCGGGUCGCUGACGGAGUCGUACGCCUCUCUGCCCAGCUUGAGGGAGGGCUGUUCUUAGACCUCAAGCUAUACCAGGUCGACGAUAUUAAGAACGUCCACCCACGCAAGCGGCACGAAAAGGCGGUGUUGGCGCUGCGAUUCCAAGCGGACCCCGACUCGCCCGAGUUAACUGCACUGCAGCAGCUGUUGCAUCGUUGUAAAUCCCGCUUUGUAGAGGAGGGGUAUUUUUUCCCUGAUAAGUUAGAUUAAGUUUUUAGGCAAUAAAAUAUAACAUAUAGCUAUUUGUAUUUUCUAUUUUUAAUUUUUUUUUACUAGGCCUCACGAAAUAUUAGGUAAAGCUCACACCCCACUGCUAGGCAUUUACAUGUUAUAAGAGUCUUGUCCACUGCAGUUAUUAGGAACACCCACAUUUACAGGCAUUUAGAUAGGUAUAGGUUUUACUGAGCAUUAGGUACUAUUAAUUAUUUCUAUUUACUCUAACCAUUUAAUGCAAA